UUGGACUUCUGCGUAGCUCUGGACCUGGCUUCCUCUCCUCUCCUCUCCUCUCCUCUGUCUGUGUACUAUGUUGACCUUCUGGGACUAGGCGGUACGGCCGUGGUGGACGAAAUUGCCCUCCAUUUUCGUUGAAAUCUCGAAACUUUUUCCCGUUUCCAGCCUUGGUCAAAGAUCCUUACUGCUAUUUGCCCUGCUUUCUCGCAUUUUUCUCUUUUAUUUCCCUCUCUUUCGACAACCACAGGGAGGGAGGGAGACUGCAAUGGAUUUCUUCGUCGAAGGUGUAGGGGAGAGCUCCUCUCCACCGCGCACCUUGAGUGGCUUCGGCAACUAUGAUGUGAGGAACGAUGUUUACAAUCGUUUAGUAGAAAACGGCCAUGGCCAAGAGGCGGAAUUUCGUGAGCAGCUAGACGCUCACUUCAACCGAUUGCCUCCGAGUUAUUUGCUUGAUGUUAACAUAGACAGAGCUGAAGAUGUUUUAUUACAUCAGAAACUUCUUGCCUUGGCAAGGGACCCAAGCAAGCGCCCUGUCUACAAUAUACGCUUUUUGGAGCACAUUUCUACUAGAAUGGAUGAUCGAGAUCAACAAAUUAUAAGUGCUCAUUCUAGCAUAAGGCCAUCUUCUCCCGCAUCUAAUGGGGAAGCUGAAUCAUCUCAUAAAAGGGCAAGAGACUGUGCAGCUGAGUUUGAGCCUUGCUCUAAGCUUGAAGAUCUUAAUUUGGAUGUUGGAAAGAACUCCAAGGAGGUUACUGACAAUUACUCCCAGAUGCAUGAGCAACUGAGUAUUCCAGUUCAUGAAGUUAUAUUUUCUGCCAUUGACAAGCCAAAGCUUUUAAGCCAGCUGUCUGCGUUGCUGUCUGAUAUUGGACUUAACAUCCGUGAAGCACAUGUUUUUUCAACGACGGAUGGCUACUCCCUUGAUGUAUUUGUUGUGGAUGGAUGGCCAGUAGAGGACACGCAUGGGUUGUAUGAGGCCAUGGAGAAAGCUGUUGCAAGAAGUGAGGGGUCUUGGUCUCGUUCUUUGAACUCCCAUACAACUGCAGAGAAGGCGAUAGUAGGAGAAGCAAAAUCUGGUGAUUGGGAAAUAGACAGGAGGCUGCUUAAAAUAGGAGAUAGAAUAGCAUCUGGAUCUUGUGGAGAUUUGUAUCAUGGAGUUUAUCUGGGUCAAGAUGUUGCUGUUAAGAUUUUGAGAUCUGAGCAUUUGAACGAUGCUUUAGAGGAUGAGUUUGCUCAAGAAGUGGCAAUUCUUAGGCAGGUGCAUCAUAAAAAUGUUGUUCGUUUCAUUGGUGCAUGUACAAAAUCUCCACAUUUGUGGAUUGUAACAGAGUAUAUGCCUGGAGGAAGUCUGUAUGAUUACUUGCAUAAAAACCAUAAUAUGCUCGAUCUCUCUCAACUACUGAAGUUUGCGAUUGAUGUCUGUAAGGGUAUGGAGUAUUUGCACAGAAACAAUAUAAUUCACAGGGAUCUGAAGACAGCCAAUCUGUUGAUGGAUACCCACGAUGUUGUUAAAGUAGCAGAUUUUGGAGUAGCUCGGUUCCUGAAUCAGGGGGGAGUGAUGACUGCAGAAACUGGAACAUACAGAUGGAUGGCUCCGGAGGUUAUAAACCAUCAACCUUAUGAUCAGAAAGCUGAUGUAUUCAGUUUUUCCAUAGUACUGUGGGAACUAGUAACUGCAAAGGUACCAUAUGAUGCCAUGACUCCACUACAAGCUGCCCUAGGCGUGAGACAGGAGUGCACUGGGAUUCUACAUUUCAGUUGGUAUUCAACAAGGAGUGUGUCAUUGUGUCUGACCCAACAGUGAUUUACAUCCUUUCAGGGGUUACGCCCGGAACUUCCAAAGCAAGGGCACCCUAAACUAAUAGAUUUAAUGCAAAGAUGUUGGGAAGCAAUUCC